GGCCAGCCACCGCUCCGGCCCCGUCGGCACCAAGCGUCCUGUCGGCGGCGCCCGGAGCGCCCCGGACCCCGACGCCCCCGCGUCGGCUGCCGCGGGCCGGGCUGCGCGCUUAGUGCCCGGCUCUGGCCCCGGAAGCGCCGGCGGGGGCGGGAGCGGCCUCAGCCCGCGGAGACGAGCGGCUGGAGGUCGCGGCGGCGGCCGCGGCGGGAGGAUGGGGGCCAACCAGCUGGUGGUGCUCAACGUGUACGACAUGUACUGGAUGAACGAAUACACCUCAUCCAUUGGAAUUGGAGUUUUUCAUUCAGGAAUUGAAGUAUAUGGCAGAGAAUUUGCUUAUGGUGGCCAUCCUUACCCCUUUUCUGGAAUAUUUGAAAUUUCCCCAGGAAAUGCUUCUGAACUAGGAGAAACAUUUAAAUUUAAAGAAGCUGUUGUUUUAGGAAGCACUGACUUCCUAGAAGAUGAUAUAGAAAAAAUUGUAGAAGAACUGGGAAAAGAAUACAAAGGCAACGCCUAUCAUUUGAUGCAUAAAAACUGCAAUCACUUUUCUUCAGCUUUAUCAGAGAUUCUUUGUGGGAAGGAGAUUCCGCGCUGGAUCAAUCGACUGGCCUACUUCAGCUCCUGUAUACCCUUCCUACAGAGUUGCCUCCCAAAGGAGUGGCUCACUCCCGCAGCCCUGCAGUCCAGCGUCAGCCAGGAGCUCCAGGAUGAACCGGAGGAAGCGGAGGACGCGGCCGCAUCGGCUCCCAUGGCGAGCACAGCAGCGGGCUCCAGACCCGGGCGCCACACUAAGCUAUAAAUGUCUCCAAAGUCACACAUUCAGAACUGUCUCUGGCAGUUGAGUAUCACGAGAGAAAAGUAAAACAGUAAGCGUCCUUUGGAUAUUUUGUAUGCAAAGAUGGCUCUCCCCCAAAUCCCAGUUUUUCAGCUCAGGAUUAUAUUUGUAAUCAAAAGAAUCACUUGGCGCAGGAGGGAGAACUUUAUAUGAAGCGGCCCUCUUUUUUUACCCACUUGUAAAUUUGGAUUUACUUCCUCUGUUUUUAUACAAGCUCUGUUAAGUUAUGUUUACAGUAUUUUGUAUCGCUGUUUACAAAUCUUGCAUGGACUCCUGCCACGGUGAAAGAAGAAAAUCUUCACGUCUUCAAAAACUAGGCAGGUAAUCUUUCUACACUUCCAACAAUUCCCCGAGCUGUGGCAUUAAAUAAUAGGCACACACAAGCACGGUUACAGUCACCGUCACCUGCUUAAGAAUGGUCCUCUGGGUUUGUGUGUGUUGUUAACGUUUUGGCACGAGGAUGCAGGGCGGUGAAGCAGCACACACACAGCCCUGCAGGCUUGGGACCUCAGCCUGCAUGGGAGGUGGCCCGGCCCUGGGCCUCGUUCCUCUUAGCACUCCUUCCCACUCUGAGUAGCACAUCCCCCGAGGUCCCGUUGAGUGGUGACUUUCAUCCCAGAUAUCCAUCUCCUAGGCAGGGUGGCACAUUCUUGUGUCUGCCUGGUUUUGAUGCCUCUGAUUCUGUAAUUAGGAUGUUUUUCGUUAAAGAUGUUCUUGCUAGUAACGAGUGUUUUGCACAUGUGUUGGGAGCUUCAUUUUUAUCGUAAUACAUAUUGUAUCCUCCCUGCUCAGGAUUUUGUUGACAGGGUAGGGAUGUUCUAUGUGGUAGCCCUCUGAGUAGCAGUGUGAGUUGACAUUCAACUGCUUUUUAACUAUUCAGGCUACCUUUUAUACUACACCUUGAAAACUAGAGUCUAAAGUAACACUCUCCAAAAAGAUACUUUGAUAUUUCACACAUUUUCUGUACCGUAUCAGAAAGCGUAUGUUGGAGUUUGUCAGUUUAUUAUGGGAGUAGUUUCACCUCGUCACGGGAAGCGGCGUCUCAUUGACCUCUUGUUGAAAACCAUAUUUGUGUGUCCUAAAAUUCAUCUUUUUCUGUUCUCUCAAAUAUGUGUCUCUUACAUAACAUACUCUAAGAAUGGAAUUGUCCCCACAGAUGAGUCCUUGUUGGCAGAGAACCUUUCUACUCACGUCUACUCCCAGUUUGGCCCUUGGAUGUAAGAACCCAGUCAUUACAUGUCAGAUUCACUUCUUCUGCCUUAAGAAUGAAUGUCCUACGUAAAAUAUUGGAUGCAGUGUAUAAAUUAUCCAAGGCAGUGACUUCAGCUUUAUAUAUAUUGGUAGUUUUAAGGUCAUUUACUUUUAUUUAAACUUCUAGAUCGGACUGUUUGCUAUUGCUCUUUGUAGAGAUACAUAUCUUUCAGUAAACUACAUUUUUAACUUUUCCAUAAGCAGAUUUUGGUUCAUUUUAUCAACAUAAGCACACCCUGUUUAUAUGGGAAAUAAACCUUGGGUCUAAGCAUUGACCUGAGGAAAAUGAAGCCACUGAACCUAACGAUGCUUCUGACUGUUCUGUUUCUGGAGAGGAAGGCCUUUACAAAGGAUUCCCAGUUCUUUAGGGAGCAGAGCACUUGUUUUAAGAGAUGUGACAGAGAAGAAAGGAAUAGAUGAUCUUUAUGAAAGUUAACUUUCUUUAGGUCUAAAAAUGAGAUUCAAAAUUCAGACUCUAGUAGUGAAUUUGUUCACUAAAAGAAGGGUCUUAUCACCAAAACCCAGGUUUGUGAACAGUGUUUGAUGCAGUUUGCUUGGGAUUUUUUUUUAAUAAUGUAGGGGACCACUUUUUUCUAAUCCAUUAAAAUGCACGUGAUUUAAAUGUGGGCUGUUGACACCCAUGAAGGAGUGCCAUUAGUUGGACAUUUCAGGUGAAAAGCCAGGAACAUCCCAUGUGUGCUUAUCCAGAAUCCACCUCAGCACACAAAUGCUUUUAUUGUUAUUUUGUUGUAUUUACUUUGAUCUGCAGCAUUUGGAGUUCAAAAAUAGCAUAAAGGGUCCUAGUAGAAAUAAGUAGUGACCUAAGGCCAAUUAUCAUACUGACCAUCAGCAGGUAGAAUCCUGGCCAUGAGAUUGCUUGCAAUCUGAUGCUACCUGAAGUUGAGAAAUAAAUGUCUUUACUUUAGAAAAUCUCGUUUAAGUCAGUUCCUUCUCUACAAUUCAAAAUUGAGAAGGAAUUUAAUUAACUAGCAUUUAACCAGCCUUUUCUUGCCCUUGGAGGACAGGAAUCUUGUUCUCAACCUGAUCUGUGUUAAGAAAAGUCCUUUAUCAAAAGUCUAGUCCCUGAGAUAGAUGCAAUAUGAUGAGUCAGGUAUUCUUUGUAGUUGUAACCAAGCAAAACAUGCUUCUCACGGUGGGUUGGACAGUAAUACAGUGCUAGAAUGUCAGAAGCUGCAAGUUUCUACUGUUAGUUUUCGAUGCCCGGAAGGGUUUUUUUCAACUCUAAGAAAGGGGCCUCAGCUUUGGAACGUGUGGCCUGUGGGCUUGCAGGCAGCGCUGAUGCCUGAGCUCGGCCGCACAGCACUCGUGCGAGUCCCUACACCAGCAUUUGUGCAGAGCAGGGCUCUGGAUCAGCCGGCUGCCGGCGCUGCGUGCAAGGGGAGGCGCAGCACGCGGACAGCCGGACUCUGUCUCCACGGCUGCUUCCAGCACGAAGCAGGCAGAAACACUUUCACUGCUUCAGGGUUCCGGUCUGUCUCUUUCUCAUGGCUCUAUUCCUGUGAGAUACUCUGUCAUUUUGAUACAGGCUCUAUUUUCUUUCACUGACUAAGUUUGAAAGACUUGGGUUUUGUUUAGCACGCUGGCCAUACUGCCGCUGUACCCCUUCUCUUCAGUAUGGUCUUAGAGUGCAGCUCAGUUAUUAGACUUCUGUUGUCGACUCAGUCAAUACACAUACAUCUUCCUUGUUUGAAAGGUGUUACAGCUGUUACAGAAUCUUCAUGAACCUGAAGAUAAUUUCUUGUGAAGCUGUAUGCAAAUGUACUGUCAUUCAUAGUGUUUUAUAUAAAAAAUACCAGGAAUCUUCACUUUUGCUACCUUGAUAUAGCAUUGGGCUAUCUAUCAUGUUAACAACAUUGAAAUACAUCAAUUUAUUAAAAAAAUACUUUUAUAA